UCUUAAUUGCGAAGAGACACUGCAUUGCUCUACACUGAGCAUUUUCCACAUUUCCAUAUUGCUUGUUAGGAGAAAGAUUCUUCUAAGCCUGAAGGUGGCUCUGGCGAAUUCAGUCAGUUUUACUCGCAACAACCAAACCGGGACCAGCCGUAUUCUGCAGCUCGUGUAGGACGCUAUAGUGGCUGCACCUGCUCAUGGCCGCACUCCCUGCUCACGCUAACAGCAACUCCUCCAAUAAAUCCACCAUGGCGCCCAACUGUCCAGAUGUGGUUGGUGGGCUGGCCAAGUAUUACCUGUCACCGUCUUACGGAAUUGAGUUCAGCAUCGGUUUCCCUGGCAACCUUUUGGUUGUACUCGGCUACGUCUUUUGUUUGCCGGAGUGGCAGAGCUACAAUAUUUACCUUUUCAACUUGGCAGUCUCCGAUCUUAUUUUCCUCUGCACACUGCCACGCCUCUCCUACCUCUACGCAAAUAACCAAUCAGAAAACAGUCCCUAUGCUUGCGUUAUCAACCGCUAUGUCCUGCAUGUCAAUCUUUACUCUUCCAUCCUGUUUAUGGUUUGGCUCAGCAUGGACCGCUUCCUGGUCAUAAAACACCCAACGAGGAAUCACUACCUGCUGAGGCGACGAACAGCCCAGAUCGUGACGGGGUUGAGCUGGCUGGCUGUCAAUGUGGAAGUUGCCCCAAUGAUAGCGCUGAUGAUCCAGGACCUGCAGAGACACAAUAUGACUCGCUGCAUGGAUUUUGCCAGCCUAGAAGGAGAUAUCAGUGUACUGGGCUACAGCUUGGGGCUAACCGUGACUGGUUACAUUCUCCCUCUGGUUGGACUUUGUGUUUUUUCCCACCAAAUUGCACAUCUGCUCCGUGCCCAGGACAGAGCCCUACAGCGCAGGACAUCACCGUACAAGCGGCCUCUCAGGGUUGCCGUGUCAGCUGCAGUCAUGUUUCUGGUUCUCUACACCCCCUACCAUGUGCUGAGAAAUGUCAGAAUAGCAUCUUUGCAACCCUGGGCAGGGCUGCCGUCGUGUACAAAGAUGUACAUAGAGAGCAUGUACAUUUUGUCCAGACCGUUGGCCUUCUUGCACAGUGUCAUCAACCCUGUUUUCUACUUCCUUAUGGGUGACAAAUUCAGAGAACUCCUACUUUCUAAUCUCAGAAAGCUAAUCAGAAAGACAGAGCGGCAAAGAGAGCAAGCCUGACGAAAGGUACCACUGGAUUCCUGCAUAUACAAAAGCAUACAUCAGCGUAACAUUUAUACAUGAGUCAGCUCUAACUUUACAUAGUGAUGCUUUGCUGUAUUUUUUUGCUUUAAUUCCUAAUAUUUUUAUAAUUUAUUUAAUAAUAAUUUCCCACCUAAAAAUAGAUGUAAUAUUGUCCAGUAAUAUUAAUACUACAUUACAGCUUUGUCUUAGAAGAACAUAUUUGAAAAGCCUACUAAUGAUAUUGACGUGCACUUUGUUUCCGUUACCAUGUCCACACGUAUAUAAGGUUAGAAGGAGAUAAAACAUGUCCAUGAAGUGGAAUAAGAUAAAACUACAUUUCAUUUUAAGCAGCUUACUUGAAUGUUGUUUUUAUUUGUGUCUGUUGAAAAAUAAUUUGGAACUGGAUAAACAUGGGAAGGCAUGUUUUAUCACUUUUACUGAUAUUUUGGGGGAUGUUUGUACAUUACAGCCAAUAUUAUACCGUGCCAGUUUUUUUAAAGCAAUGAAAUAUAUCUUGACUAAUAACAAUCGUCUGCUCUCAUAUGACUUUAAAGUGCAAAGUGACUUUUCUUCUUUCACUGUGUAUCAAUAACUUUUGAUUUUGAUUGUUCGUCUUCUGAACCUCAAGCACUUUCUGUUUUUAAUUGUUUAUUUAUUUUUUGCU